AUGCAAAACCAGACGGCUCCCGUCGCCUUCACGACCGCACGCGUGCCGAACGGCCCUCCUCAGAACGUCUACGAGCAAGGCGGUUACCGCUGGACGGAAGGCGGCAACGGUACACGACACUUUUGGAGGAGUGACUGUGACAUUGUCCCAGGCCGCAAAGCCGUCCACUUCGUGCCGCAACGAGCCGUAUUGCUCGGCGCGUAUCCAGGCGUGAAAGCAGACGCCUCGUGCGUCCUCGCCACCUGCGAAGAGCCUCUGGCCCUGGAGGUUUGGGUCGCCGACCGGGCGAAACCGGAUUUUGCGACGGCCGAGACCAAGUUUUUCGAGGAGGCGAAGCGGGCGCUAGAACUGCGGUGCCAGGCGCCGGUGUUCCCGCGGCAUAUUAUUGCCGUCGUCGACGGCUGCCUGCCGGACGGUGACGAGAUGAGGACCGGGGCUGGUGGCGGCUGUGUAAUUUUCGCCCGUGCGCGCGUUCAUAUUGCGGCGCAGGUUGGGUAUCGACUCCGCUCUCGGAGGCGGAGGCCAAAUUGCUCCCGCCGCCCGUGUGGGCGGCGUGGGAGAUUGUCGCGAUGGCCGUCGCUUUCGGGGCACGAACACGCCGCGUCCCAAAAUCAAUUUCGGUGCGACGUCUUCGUCUCGUGGACCGGUCCGCUCACUGGUCGGUUUAUGCGCAGGUCAAGAAGGUCACGAUCCAGGCCCACGGCACCUACGCGAAGCUGGGCGGCCGCGCGGACCUGCUCGUCGCGAUGGUCCAGGAGCGGUUCCGCAAGGUCGGCGAGGCCAUCGAGGUCGAGCUUAAAUCCGCGGAAGAGUAA